CAGCUUAUCGCCUCAGGCGCCAAACCAAGAGUUCGCAUCCGUGUCGUGGCUAGCUGCAACAUCAUACUAGAGGACAGCCGUGCCAUUACUUACAGUCAACACUGUGUCGACGUGAUGCUCGAGCAUGCGCUCCAAAGUUUGGUCGAGAGCAACAUGCUGGCCCACGCCGUACCACGACUGGUGGCAUCAUCAGACAAACGUGACCGGGGAACCGAUGGCAUCAUUACUUGAUGCUAACCAAGGCCGGGGGCUGGAGGGGAACAGACAAUUCCAGGAACUUGACUACAGUAGCGUAGUACGGUUGGCAGUGUGUGAGGGGCACUAGAGGCAAGAGGUAUGACGAAGCGCUCAAGCGACCCGGGCUGUAUCACUGUGUACACAAAGACUUGCGGUCGAAGAGAGGUGUGGACGAUGACCUUUAAUGAUCGCAGUCACACGGCGGCCUCGUGGGCUAGGGCGUGUAGCAGAUAUGCACCGGUGGAAAUAAACGUGCAGUGCAGCGCAGCCGGCGCGAUGUGGGAGGGAGCGGAUCGUGGAGAAAGGCGGGCGGCCGUGUCUACCUCCUACCUGGCACUUGCUACUUGCUACUACUUGCAGUCCCUCCACCUCCACCACCAGCUGGCCAGAAUAGAUACAGCAGUUGACCGAUGGGAGACGGGGUCCGAGUCAGGCCACUGCAUCGCCUCAGCACAUGACGAAGCUUCUAUUUUCCAAUACUCUCGGAACAGGGUUCAUGGCACGGGCGCCUUGUGUGCUGUAGGAAUGUAUCAGCCUUUGGUCAUCGAGAGCAUCGCGUUCUCGUGCAGUGGGGUCUGUGUCCAUUCCUGUCCAACUGGCAAUAAUUAAAGCGUAAUCUGGGCUCGGAUGUCGCAUACUCACCCCGAAUUGGUCUUUGCCACGGCC